AUGCCAUUCGUCUAUAAGGAGGAAGAAAGAUCAGAAAGGACUGAAACAUAUUAUGACCCAUAUGACAUAGGAAGAGCUGUUAAAGGCGCCUUACGUGAUGAUGAGAAGCUUAGGUUUUUAAAGAAUAUUUGGAAGCCUUCUGCCAACUUUUCUUUUCCUACUCAAUUAGAAGGGAAGCAAAACCGAAGAUUUAAGCAUGAAUGGAUGAGCCAGUACAACUGGCUUUCAUACAGUAAAAUGUUACGUGGUGGAUUUUGUACUCCAUGUGUUCUGUUUUCUCCUUCAGGUGCCGGGAUCGGCUCCCAGGUACUUAUUACUGCUUUCGAUUAUUCUAAACAACUGAAACCUUUAACUGGCUUGGUAAAAAACGCGUUGAAAACACUGGUAAAAGAACCAUUGGUCAAAUACAAGAAGGCUACGGAAGAUCUUCGUCAUCAUGAAAACACAAAAUAUCACAAAUUUUCCAUGGAGAAGGCCUUAGAGUUCACCAAGUGUAUGGAAUCAAGUAAAAAAAGUAUUGCCGUUGUCCUCGAUACCAAGAAAUCUUCAGUUAUUGAAGAAAACCGACAUCGUGAUCAUGGUUUAAUUCCUCAGCUAAAAGAAGAAAAAACUGAUGAUCUUCUAGAGGGAAAACAUGGAGUGUUUGAGAGUCUUUUGGCUUUUCGUAUGGAUGCUGGAGAUGAAGAUUUAAAACAUCAUUUCAGUACAUGUGGCCGAAACAGUUCCAUGAUAAGUAACACAGUCCAAAACGAAGUCAUACAUUGUAUUGGUGACCCUAUUCGCUCCUCAAUAUCGAGGGAUGUGAAAAAGGCUAAAUUUUUUAGCAUUAUAUGUGAUGAAACAACUGAUGUCACCACUAAGGAACAGAUGACAUUUUGUGUUAGGUACAUUGACAUAGAGACCUUUGUUACCAAAGAAGACUUUCUGGGUUUUACUGAGCUUAAAUCGGCUACUGGCACUUCGAUUGCAGAAGCCAUCGAUGAAGAACUCAAGACACUGGGGCUGAGGUAUCAAUAUCUUUGUGGACAGGGCUAUGAUGGCGGCUCAAACAUGGCUGGGGGAUUUAAAGGAGUUCAAGCUCUUAUUUUAAGUAAACAACCGUUGGCUAUUUAUACCCACUGUUUUAGCCACUCUUUGAACUUGUGCAUUUCUAAGUCUUGUGAUACUCCAAUAGUUAGAAAUAUGAUGGGAAUUGUAGGAUCAGUUUCAGCAUUCUUGUCUGCCUCUGCAAACGGAAAAAGUUCCCUAGAGGAAAUUAUAUCACGACUAUCGUUCACAGAGUCAAAGAAAACAAAGUUGAAGGCAAUGUGUCCAACAAUAUGGGUGGACAGACACGAUACCCUUAUUACUUUCAAGGAGCUAUUUGUCCCGGUCGUGACCUUGCUUGACGAACUUUCAAGUAGUCGUGAAACCAACGCAGAAACGGCUAGUAAAGCUUGUAUGUUUAGUUCUGCUGUCCGAAGAGGAGACUUCGUAGUAGCGUUAGCAACUGCAGCAUAUUGCUUCUCUUUAACUGUAAGACUAAGCGAACAGCUCCAAAGUUCUAAAAUGGAUUUAACAACUGCCUUAUAUCAUGUCAAUGAUGUGCUUGAGGUGUUCAACAAUAUAAGGACGGAUUCGGAAAUAGAAUUCGGAAGUAUUUUUAAAGCCGCUGUUAAACAGGCAGAAGAUAUUGGAAGUGUAAUAGCAAUGCCAAGAACUAUUUCAACACAAACCAAAAGAGACAACGUUCCUGCUUCAAACGCCGAGGAAUACUUCAGGCGAACAGUAUUUUUACCUGUUGUGGAUCGUUUUAUUGCCGAGCUAGAAACAAGAUUUCCCCAAGAUUUUCGCACCAUAUUACCACUUGAAGGACUUAUUCCUGCGCACUGUUUAAAAUACAGUGAGGAUGAAGUGAUCCAGGCAUCCGAGAAAUAUGAACAGUUUUUGGAGAGUUCUUCGCUUUUAAUGAAAGGAGAACUGAAACUAUGGAGGAAAAACACUUCUGAAAGAAGCUUCUCUACUUUGAGACGAAUAAAGACUUAUUUGCGAAACAUAGUGGGGCAGGUGAGACUAAAUGGAUUGGCUCUUGCAAUUAUCCAUAAAGAAAGAGAUAUGGACAUUGAAAAUCUCAUUGACAUAUUCAGUAAAAAGAAACAGAGGCGAAUGAGCAUGAUAAAUUGGGCAGAAGACGGAAAUAUACAGAAGCUCUCCAAAGAAGAAGUGUUUAUGUCCACUGCAUUUAGAACAGCUUCGCAAAGUGCUAUUAUCAAACAUGGCAAACAUGCAUCUCAGACAGGUUAUGCCAGCUUGCAAAAUAUUUGUAACGAGUUUGUUCCAAAUUACUUAGCGCUCUAUGAAAUUGUACAUUUCAUAGCCACACAGCACUUUGUAAUAUUCUUAGCAGCAUUGAACAAAGUACAGAAGAUGUAG